AUGGUUCUUGCGUUCGAGUUUGCAUCAAAUGUGAAAAGAAUGAAUAAAAUUGUUGGCUAUGUAUUAGGCUUAGGAAGAACGAAUAUUAUGUCAGGUUUCCAUGUCGCUCGAGAACUUCAUUUCUCUGCCGCAGUAAAUACCUCUGUAUUUAUGAAAAAACAAAAGAAAGUUGACCCCGAACUUGCGAAAAUCAGAGAGAAUAGAAAAAGGAGGAAACUAGAAAAGGAAAUCCGACAGUUGAAAAAACAUGGGAAGACCCCUAAACCUGUGGAGGAACUUCAGCUGGACCUUAAAUCAGCAAAAAAUGAGAAGGAAAGAUAUAGGCUCCCGACUCAGCAUACGGAAGACGAGCUUGAUAGGCGAGCUGAGGUUUUUUCAGAGUAUUCUAAAUCUCGAUCACUUUUAAUGAUGAAGGAUGACCAGUGGAUUCGAGAGAGCAUAAGACUGCAAAAUAAGGCUCUCAACGAACUUAAGAAUAUGGCGCCGGAAUUGUAUGACGCAGCAGUUCAAGAAGACGUUACUGUUGACAAAACUGUCGUGCUGCAAGGCCCUGUACUUACGCCUCCUUUACCAAAUUAUGACCCGCCUGAUGGCGAUUAUAUAGACACAACUCGGACAUGGGUUUAA